AUGGAAAAGUUACCAGUUGAAAUAUUCGAUCUUAUCCUGGCUCAUUUAACACUAACCGAUUGGAAAUGUCUUCGUUUAACAAGUCGAACAAUAUAUAUACGUUUGUCAUCAUUUUCAUCUUAUUCUCAUUUACAUCCAAUUGUUCUUUCACCUAAAUCUUCUUCUGGUAUAACACUACUUGAAAAAGUUACAUCUAUUCAAGGUAUCGAUCAUUUAUCAUUAUCUAAUUUUAAUUUUACUAAUCUUGAUACACUACUUCAAACAUCUGAUUCAUUUCAAUUAUGUUUAAAUAAAUUAACCAGUUUAUCAUUUUCUGGUUGCACAACAUUAAUUGAUUCUCUUAUAUUUUAUAAAUUACUAUCAUAUUGUACAUCAUUAGAAAAACUUGAUUUAAGUAAUUAUAAAUUCUUUUUCUUAUCAAAUAAUUUUUCACAAAAUUUGAAAAUUUAUCCUUCUAUAAAACGACUUAAUUUAAAUGGUAAUAUACAUUUAUCAGAUUAUUCAUUUAAUCAUUUAAUGAAAUCAUUUCCAAAUAUUGAAGCAUUACAUUUACUUGGCAUUCCACUUCGUUCAUCUUUAAAUUCUAGUGAAAAUCGUAUAUUUCUUACAUUUGAAAAUGUUUGUUCAUAUAUUCAACAACAUCAAGAAUGUUUUCAAGCAUUAGCAAUAUCAUUUGAACCAACUCUAUCAUGUGAUACACAAAUAAAACGUUUAUUUCUUACAAUACCAUCGAAAUUAACUUAUUUUCAUAUUGAUGGAACUUUAACAGUAUCAACAUUACUUCAUUUUCUUCUUCUUUUUGAUAAUAAAUUAGAAACACUUGUUGUUGGUCGUCUUGUACUUGAUCAUACUGGUUGUCAACCACUAUUUUCUGCUAUUCAUGAAUAUGCAUCUAAUUUAAAACAUUUAUGCGUAUUUUUAAAUGCACCAAUAAAGUAUUAUGGAACUCAACAACAAAAAAUACGUUUUCCAGUUCUUCAUCCAUCGUCAGAUAUAUCAUUAUCAUCAUUAAAACAAUUAAAUGAUCUUGAUAUCCAAACAUUAUAUCCAUUGAAUGAAAUUGACCUUAUAAAUUUAUUUCGAAAUAGUUUAAUAAAUUUAAAAAAAUUAUCUUUACCAAGAAAUACAACUGAUGAUACUAUUAAAUUUAUAUGUACACAAUCAUUAUUUGUUUCAUCUUUAACACAUUUAAAUUUAAAUAAUUGUCCAUCAUUAACAAAUCAUUCAUUAUUAUUAAUAAAUAAAUAUCUUUUAUCAUUAGAAGAAUUAACUAUAAAUGAUAAUAUUAAUAUAAAUGAUUUUGCUUUUAUUGGUUUAUCUAUAUGUGGUAUUGGUAAAUCAAUUGAAUGGUUAGAACAGAUAAUAAUUAAUCGACAAUUUAUUGAUGAUUUAUCAAUAUGGACAUAUACUAUAACACAUCAAACAUUAUGUAAAUGUCAAUUACCAACUUAUUUAUCAUCAUCAUGUAUUAAACUUCGUUUAAAAGAUUUCAAUUUUGACUAUGAUGAAUCUUCCGAUCGAAUAUUAUCGAUAUUAACUGAACAUAAACUAUUCAAUGAAUAUUUUUCUUCGAUAAAUAAUUUAAAAUAUUUACGAGUACUUAAAUUACAUCAAUGUAUACAAUUAACAAAUCGUUUAUUUCGUUUUGGUAUCCAUUCAUUACCCGAUUUAAAAUAUUUAGAUAUAAGUUUAUGUGACAAAAUUAAUGAUAAAAAUUUAUCAUUAAUUGGUCAAGCUUGUCCAUCAAUUGAAACAAUUGAUUUAACUGGUUGUCAUCAAAUAAGUGAAAAUGGAAAAGUAACUUUAAAAAAACAUGCAAAAAGAGUAAAAAUUAUUGAUUUUUAA